AAUGAUUCACCGCGUCGGAUCCGACCCGCUGACCUUCCCGUUACAUUUUAAAAACAAAACGACACGCCGAGACGAGCCUCAGCCCCCAGACUGGUGCUGUCAGUCUGCCCAGACUCCCGAGCGGAAGAGCAGCGGGCCAACACACUCAUCUGCUGCCCAGGUUUGGAUCCUCCAGGUGGAUUAAGAACACGUCAGCCAUGGCUCACUGCAACCUGCGGUCGACCCCCUCCUCUCCUCAUGAUGAUGUCAAUUUGGGACCUUCUGCAAACCCACACGCCAGACCGACUGACUUUGACUUCCUGGCUGUCAUUGGCAAAGGAACCUUUGGGAAGGUCCUGCUUGCAAAGCUGAAAGCCGACAACAAGUUCUACGCAAUCAAAGUUCUGCAGAAGAAGAUCAUCCUCAAGAAAAAGGAGCAAAAGAACAUCAUGGCAGAGAGGAACGUGCUGCUGAAGAGCCUGAAACACCCGUUUCUGGUCCGGCUCCACUACUCCUUUCAGACCGCAGAAAAACUCUACUUUGUGCUGGACUAUGUAAACGGAGGAGAGCUCUUCUUCCACCUCCAGAGGGAGAGGUGUUUCUCGGAGCCGAGGGCGAGGUUCUACGCUGCCGAAGUGGCAAGCGCCAUCGGCUACCUCCACUCUCUUAACAUCGUCUACAGAGAUUUAAAACCAGAGAACAUCCUUUUAGACUCUCAGGGUCAUGUGGUGCUGACAGACUUUGGGCUGUGCAAAGAAGGCGUUGAGCCAGAAUCAACCACCUCCACUUUCUGUGGCACCCCAGAGUACUUGGCACCGGAGAUUCUGCGUAAGGAACCAUAUGACAGGACGGUGGACUGGUGGUGUCUGGGAGCCGUUCUCUAUGAGAUGAUCUAUAGCCUGCCUCCUUUCUACAGCCGGGAUGUUGGUGAAAUGUACAACGGGAUUCUCCACAAGACGCUGCCGCUCCCUCCGGGGAAGUCUGAGGUCGUCUGCUCUCUGCUGGUCGGUCUUCUGCAGAAAGACCCGCACAGACGACUCGGAACGAUUGCUGACUUUUUAGAAAUAAAGAACCAUCCCUUCUUUGCUCCAAUCAACUGGGACGACCUUUAUCACAAGAGGAUCACUCCUCCUUACAACCCCAACGUCAGAGGCCCGGCCGACACCCAACACAUCGAUCCAGAGUUCACCAGGGAAAUGGUUCCCAGCUCAGUGAGUCGGACCCCGGAGUUUAACGCCAGCACCAGCUCCAACAACGCUUUCAAUGGGUUCUCCUUCGUCGGCGCAGAAGACAGUUUCCUGUGAGACCAAAAGGUUCAAACUUUCAGAAAAAAACUGUGAAAAUGAUAUGUUGGGACGAUCUCUGUUCUGUGUUUUCAUCUCGGAGAUCCCAGCUGACACAGCUCAGAGGGCAAAUAUGCAGGACAUGUUCAGUGAAAAAAAAUGGAUAUGUAAUAUAUAUACAUAUAUAAUAAUGCUUUCCAAUCAAUUAUGUACAGAGACAAUUUAUUGAUUCGCCAUAAAUUUAUAUUGUAUUUGAAAUUUUGAAAAGAAAAAGGAAAAAAAAACAUGCACUAACAACCUUCCCAGUACACAUAUAUAUGUGUGUGUGUGUGGGGGUGUGUGUGUGUGUGUGUGUGUGGGGGUGUGUGUGUGUGUAUGUGUUUGUGUGUGUGUGUGUGUGUGUGUGUGUGUGUGUGUGUGUGUGCGUGUGUGUGUGUGUAAACUGAAUGGACACAGACAAAAACAAGAAAUAAUCAUAAAAAUAUCUGAAAAUCAAAAGACAGUAAAGUCAACUCUUGCUUGUAUAAUUUAAAUAUCAUUUCUGGUGUGAUUGGUGGGCUAAAGGGGCUUUUUUUUAUCUACGUUUUAUAUUUUUGUAAAAUGUAUGAUUUUUAUGUACAGAUAAAUGGGUUAAUUGCACAGUGGAACAAAGGUAAACUUAUGCACAGCACCAGUCUUCUAAAGUCUGUUUCCAGGCUUUUCGCUAGUUACUUUAUAAAACAAAGAUGUGAACUUUUAUUGAAAAGAAAUUAAUUUGGUGAGCUUAAAGAACCAAUUGUAAAUGUGCGUCUUUUCUAUAAUAAUCACAAAUAUAUUUAUGAACAAAAAUAGACAGUUAUGUUCUUGGGCUUGAAUUUCUACAUUAAUCUGCAAGCAAAAACAUCCUUGAUGAAGCAGUCACCUACACCGUAGUAUAAAUAUUAAAGCUGGUUUUUAUACUUAUGUAUUGUAACUCUUGAAUACUGUGAAUGUACAGUAACUGCUUUGCAAAAAUAAUUGUGCAAUGUGGUAAAAUUGAUGUAUCAGUGUAAACACAUGUGAAGUGGAUCUCCCAUAACUAUUUUAGUGAUAAUUGCUGCUAGGUUUUGGAUUUAAUGUAUAAUUCCUCGUGAAAUAAAUCAUCUUGUCUGUUUAUGUAAAAUAAAAAUAUGUAUUUAAA